AUUGCGAUUUGUUGAUAAAAUAAAAAAAUGCAACAAAUUCUCGCGCGUAAAUAGAAAUAUUUAAACGCUCACACUUUCUGCCCUGGCUAUCAGUAUAGAUCGGAACAUCGGGGCGUUGUUGGCAAAGAUUGCGAAAUUAUUCUAAAAAAUAAAACAAAAUGACUUCCUCUGACUUGCCUGCCACCUUUACCAAAGGUUUCCACGAUGAAGAGGCCUGUAGAAAAAUGGAAUACCGGCAAUUUGGCGCAACCGAUAUGAAGGUAUCCAAAGUGGCUCUGGGUGGGGGUACUUUGAGCACCCUCUUUGGGGAAUUCGAUGAAGCAGAAGCUAUUGCAACAAUACACAAGGCACUUAAAGUUGGUAUCAAUUAUAUUGAUACGGCUCCCUAUUAUGGACAGGGACGUUCCGAGGAGGUCUUGGGCAAGGCAUUGAAAACUGUACCACGUUCGGCUUAUUACCUGGCAACAAAGGUGGGACGCUAUGAAAAAACCUAUGAUAAGAUGUUUGAUUAUUCCGCCAAAAAGACAAGGGAAAGCGUGGAGAAGAGUCUGAAAUUGUUGGGGCUGGACUAUGUGGAUGUCAUACAGAUCCAUGACAUCGAAUUUGCCAAAGAUUUGGACAUAGUUUUAAAUGAGUGCCUACCGGAAUUGGAAAAACUGGUCAAGGAGGGCAAGGCCAGAUAUAUUGGUGUAUCCGGCUAUCCACUGAAGGUGCUCAAGGAAUGUGUUGAACGGGCCAAUGGGAGAUUGGAUGUUGUCCUCUCCUACGCCCGCAAUACCCUUCUGGAUGAUAGCCUAAAAUCCUAUUUGGAAUUCUUUCAAAAACAAAAUCUCGCCAUUGUCUGUGCGGCGGGACAUGCCGUUGGCCUGCUGACCAAUCGCGGUGCCCAGCCCUGGCAUCCGGCCGGCGAUGAAAUCAAACAACUAUGCCAAAAAGCUGCCAACAUUUGCAAAGAGUCCAACAUCGAACUUGGUAAAUUGGCCAUGUAUCAUUUCAUGCAAUUAGAUGGACCGGCUACUUACCUGGUCGGCAUGCAGACUCGCCACCUGUUGGACAUGAAUUUGAGUGCCCACUACAGUGGCCUAAACAAAAAGGAACAGGAAGUGUUGCAGCUCUUGAAAGAUACUGUUUUUACCAAGUCACUCAACUGGGAGGGCAAUGAACUGGAAUGCUACUGGGCAGCCAUGAACAAGAAGAAAUGAAAAGGAAAAUCGGCCAAUUAAUUUUUCAUUCCCCAUAGAAAGAUUUUAUAAAAAUUUUCUGUGUGAUUUUUUAAUAAAAAAUAUAGUGUGAAAUUUGUUAA